AUGUCACACGCACACCACACCUGGGAUCCACAUGUUACACGUAUGUACAAUACGUAUUAUCCCCCACAUUGCAGCGAGUACUUCUACCUGUACCGCGUGUCGUACCUGUGGGUUGUCGUGCUGGGAUUCCUGCUGACACUCGUCGUGGGCGCCGUCGCGUCGUGGGUGGCGGGCGUCACCUGCAAGGGGGACCGCAGCGUGCCGCCGCCAGACCCCGACCUCUUCGUGCCGCCAGUCCGGAGGGCGCUGCUCGCGAGGAGAGGGCGCAGGGGCUCCAACUCGCUGCAGCUGACACGUGUGGCCGGUGACCUGUCCAAUGGUGUGGGACCAGCUGCAGACACCAAGAGCCAGGAGGAGCCGCUCAAUGGCAUAGGUGGCCACCACGUCACCCCAAUGUGAUGUCGACAGAGUACAGUGGGGACUGCUGUGAGCUGAAAGGUGAAUCCACAUGGCAUGUGACCAUGAAUUUUUGUUCCCUGUACUUGAGUGAUCAUCAUAAUUUGACCUAAGAUAAACAACAGACC